CCCUCUGCUGUGAGCCCUGGGGAGGCCUGUGGGCUCCGAGAGGCCCAGGUGUGUCCCCGGGAGACAGCAGAUCCUUCCUGAGGCCACAUCCAAUGACCAUGGACCAGACUUCCAUGCUGUGUUCCUGGGAACUAGAUGAUGUGAACGAGACACAGAGAAAUGGGACUAUUGUAGCACCAAGUCAAGGGGACAGAACUGAUGCAAAGUCACUGCCCAUUAUCAUUCCCUACCUCACUGUACUUAUGAGCCUGGUUGGGUUGGUGGGCAAUGGGAUCGUCCUCUGGCUCCUGGGCUUCCGCAUCAAGAGGAACCCCUUCUCCGUCUACAUCCUCAACAGGGCUGGGGCCGACGCCCUGUUCCUUUGCUGCCAGGUGUUUUAUACUACGGUGGACAUUUUCAAAGAUUCUUAUGACACUUUGUCUUCCUCCGCUCACUUUCAUGUCUCCUGGUCUUUAUAUUCCUCCUUUCCUACGCUCAAAGUGCUCGUGCCUCUCACGUUCUCCUCCUACACCAUGGAUCUGAGCCUGCUGGCGGCCAUCAGCACCGAGCGUUGUCUCUCAGUCCUCUUCCCCGUCUGGUACCGAGGCCAGCGCCCCAGGCACGCCUCCACGCUGGUGUGUGCCCUGCUCUGGACCGAGUCCGUGCUGCUCAGUGUGCUGACUGGACACAGUUGUGGCUUCCUGUACAGAGAGUGCAGUGAGCAGGCUUGCUACGACUUCACCAUAGCUGGCGCCGUGCUGGUUUUCUCCCUGUUGUCUCUGAUGUGCCUGUCCGCUUUGACUCUCUUCCUCAGGGUCCAAGGCAGCGCCCAGAAACGUCAGUCUCCAAAGAUCUACGUUGCCAUUUUGUCCACGGUGUUCACAUUUCUCCUCCUGGGUCUUCCCUUCAGCAUUUAUUGGUUUCUUUUGUCCUGGUGGAAGCACAUUUCCCUCAGGGGCUGGUACCUUCCGUAUUUCAUCAUUGAUAUACUCUCCUGUGUGAAUAGUGGCAUCAAUCCAUUCAUUUACUUCUUUGUGGGGAGCUUUAGGCGGCAGAAAUCUCGGGAGCCCCUCAAAGUGGUUCUCCAGAGGGCCCUGAUGGAUGAGGCGGAGCUUCGGGAGAGGGGAGAGACUUCACAGAGAUCACAGAAGUUUCAGCUUGAGAUUGCCAAAGGGGAACAAAGAGAUGUAGAGAAAUAAUAACA